GGCGGCCCCGCGCCUGCGCACCGGCAGCCCGCGGUCCCGGCGCAAGAUGGCGGCGGUGGGGCGGGCGAGGCGGAGGUGGGGCGGCGGCGGGAGACGCAGCGGUGCCCGGUGCUUACAGCCCCCGACCUCACGCCCAGCGGCCCCCGCGGGCCAGGCGCGGGACGCCCCGCUAUGAGGAUGCGGCCCCGGCGCGCCAGCGGCGAGCACGGAGCGACGGCCACGCGUCCCGCCAGGCAGCCCGCCACCCCUGCAGAGUUGUCGCCGCCGCCGCCUCCUCCGCUCCGCACUCGCUGGGCACCGGCGCCCGUAGCUGCCCACCGGUCCCGGCCCGCCGCGCUGAGGAGCUCCGUCCCGUCACCGCCUCUGGGAGGGCAGCCCCGGGAGCUGCCUCCGCGCUGCCCGGCAGCAUGCUUUCCCUCGUGCGGUUGCUGAGAAAUGGCCAAUGAGAAUCACGGAAGCCCUGCGGAGGAAGCGUCUCUCAUGAGUCACUCACCUGGCACCUCCAACCAGAACCAGCCCAGCUCCCCCAAACCUAUGCGACUGGUACAGGACCUGCCAGAUGAGCUGGUGCAGGCUGGCUGGGAGAAGUGCUGGAGCAAGCGUGAGAAUCGCCCUUACUACUUCAAUCGCUUCACUAACCAGUCUCUGUGGGAAAUGCCUGUUCUGGGACAGCACGAUGUCAUUUCAGACCCUCUGGGAUUGAAUGCGGCUCCAAUGCCACUGGAGGGUGGGAUGAUAGAUACCUCUGUGGAGAGCAAGCAAAGGAAGAGGAGAUUCUCUGAAGAGGUUCCACCGAGCGGCAACAGUGUGAAAAAGCCCAAGGUGGACGUCCCAGGGAACACAGCUGCUCAGCCAGUCCCCAGCUCUCCCAGUAUUCCAGGAACCUCUGUUUUGAAGGCAUGGUGUGUUUCACCCGAAGAUAAACAACAGGCAGCUCUUCUACGACCAACUGAAGUAUAUUGGGACCUGGAUAUUCAGACAAAUGCAGUGAUUAAGCAGAGAGCACCAUCUGAAGUGCUUUCUCCACACCCUGAGGUGGAGCUGCUUCGAUCCCAGCUCAUUCUCAAGCUGCGGCAACAUUAUCGUGAGCUCUGCCAACAGCGAGAAGGGAUUGACCCCCCAAGGGAGUCCUUUAAUCGCUGGAUGUUGGAGAGGAAGGUGGUUGAUAAAGGGACAGAUCCUCUUUUACCGAGUGACUGUGAGCCAGUAGUGUCUCCUUCCAUGUUCAGAGAGAUCAUGAAUGACAUUCCCAUCAGGUUAUCCAGAAUCAAGUUCCGUGAGGAAGCCAAGAGACUGCUCUUCAAGUAUGCUGAGGCUGCGAAACGGCUGAUUGAAUCCAGAGAGGACAGAAGACAGCUACACUGUUUUGGAGAGAGCAUGGCAGUUCCUAGUCAUACAAAUGUCUGGAAGCACUUUCCAGAGGAGGCCUGGAGGGGAGUGAAAGGGAGUGCUUCUCCAGACAGCAGGAAGGUGGUGAAGUGGAAUGUGGAGGACACCUUCAGCUGGCUGCGACGGGACCAUUCUGCCUCUAAGGAGGACUACAUGGACCGCUUGGAGCACUUACGCAAACAAUGUGGGCCCCACGUGUCUGCUGCAGCAAAGGACUCUGUUGAAGGCAUCUGCAGUAAGAUUUACUACAUAUCCCUUGAAUACGUCAAGCGGAUCCGGGAGAAGCAUCUUGCCAUCCUCAAAGAGAACAAUAUAUCUGCUGAGGUAGAAGCUCCUGAAGUCCAGGACAGGCUUGUAUACUGUUACCCAGUGAGACUGGCCAUCCCCUCCCCACCACUCCCCAGCGUGGAAAUGCACAUGGAAAACAAUGUGGCAUGUGUGCGGUACAAGGGGGAGAUGGUGAAAGUGAGCCGCAACUACUUCAGCAAGCUGUGGCUUCUCUAUCGGUACAGUUGCAUUGACGACUCUGGCUUUGAAAAGUUUCUGCCCAGGGUUUGGUGCCUUCUCCGUCGAUACCAGAUGAUGUUCGGUGUGGGUCUAUACGAAGGAACUGGUCUGCAGGGGGCACUUCCUGUGCACGUCUUUGAAGCUCUCCAUAAACUCUUUGGAGUGAGUUUUGAAUGCUUUGCCUCGCCCCUGAAUUGCUAUUUUAAACAGUACUGUUCGGCCUUCUUGGAUACAGACGGGUAUUUUGGAUCCAGGGGCCCGUGCCUGGAUUUCUUCCCUAUAAGUGGCUCUUUUGAGGCAAAUCCUCCGUUCUGUGAGGAGCUGAUGGAUGCCAUGGUCUCUCACUUUGAGAAACUGCUGGAGAACUCCAGUGAGCCUCUCUCCUUUAUCGUUUUCAUCCCUGAGUGGCGGGAUCCUCCUACACCAGCCCUGACCCGCAUGGAGCAGAGCAAGUUCAAGCGGCACCAGCUCAUCCUGCCAGCCUUUGAUCACGAAUACCGCAGCGGGUCUCAGCAUGUCUGCAAAAAAGAGGAGAUGUACUACAAGGCCGUGCACAAUACAGCCGUCCUCUUCCUGCAGAACAGUGCGGGCUUUGCCAAGUGGGAGCCCACGCCAGAGCGGCUGCAGGAGCUUGUUGCAGCCUACAAGCAUUCAGGCCGGACCCUCAGCUCCUCAUCCUCUUCCUCGUCAUCGUCCUCCUCUUCCUCCUCCACAGCAGACAAAGAGCGGGAGCUGGGCCGAGAGCAAAGCAGCAGCCGGGAGACCAAUCCCAACUAAGGUGCAGAGGUGCAAGGCAGCAGGGGAGGUGCCGGCGGCCCCAAGGAGGCUUGCUGGGACAGUGGAGAGACUGCUGGCUGCGCAGCACCGGCCCGGGGGACUCUAGCGCAGCAGCUCCACGGCACCUGCUUUCCUCUGCGAACUGCAUGCCGCCCCUGCCCAGGAGCGCCAGGGAGCACCCGGCCACUGGCGGGGAGAGGAGGUUCAGCUGCAGCCCUCGCCGGAGGGCAAGGGAACCCAGCAUGGUGCAGCAGGAGGAGCAGGCAGCCCCUUCGAUGCCAGAGCGCCGAGGGAAGGGGCAGCCGGAGCUGGGUCACACGCACAGGUGGAAGGACAGCGGGACAGAUGGAGGGAUGGAUGGCAAGUGUGAAUGCUCGGCGCCUAGCGCCGUGGCUGGAGGGGCCCCGGCAGCUGGCCGCAGCCCGGUGCCGGCAGGAGAAGGACGGGCAGAGCCCGGGGGCUCCUGCGGCCGGACUGGCACCAGCACAGCUCUGUGGCCAUAGUGUAAAUAGUUCUGUCCGUGGCGCCCGUGCUCCUCGCAGGGCUGCUCCCAUCGCAUCCGUGUUUCUUUCCCACAUGUGUGAGUCCCGUGUUCGCUGACGCUGUGUACCGUAUAGGGGAGGAGUGGAGAAGAGGAGUUUCUUUGGUGUGUAAAGACGUCUUUGCAGCUGUUUUGUAGUCGUUGUGGUUUUUAUGCGGAGCCUCCGGGCUUUAUUUAACCUCCUUGGGUUUUGUUUUGUAAGGAUUAAUUUAACACCGCUAACCAUUUUAUUACUUUUAUCAAGAAGAGCAAAGUCUAUUUUUGAUUUCAGUUUCCUAGUUCUUAGGAACAUUAAAAACCAGCAUACAGCUC